GCAUUGGCGAGCAGCCCUCCGCCCUUCCUCCUCCAUUGGGCCGGCCAAGGGCUUGUCAUCCAGAGACAGAGGAGGAGGAGAAAGGAAGAAAGAGGCGGGUCCCCCUCUGCCCUCCUUUCAGCCUCUGCAGACGGUGCUACGCCCAAAAAGGAACACAGCCUGGCACAGACACAGACAGAGACACACAGAGGGGGCCAUUGGACUGAGCUGUCACUUUGGAGAGAGACCUUCAAGGAUCUGUAUCCCCAGGCAGAGAGGUCACAAUGUCUAAAAAAAUCAAUGGAGGCUCCGUGGUGGAGAUGCAGGGGGAUGAAAUGACGCGUAUAAUAUGGGAGCUGAUCAAGGAAAAGCUGAUCUUUCCCUAUGUUGAUCUGGAUCUUCACAGCUAUGAUUUGGGCAUAGAGCAUCGUGAUGCAACCGAUGACAAAGUCACUGUAGAAGCUGCAGAAGCGAUAAAGAAGUACAAUGUUGGGAUCAAGUGUGCCACAAUCACUCCUGAUGAGAAAAGGGUAGAAGAAUUCAAGCUGAAGCAGAUGUGGAAAUCUCCUAAUGGAACAAUCCGAAACAUUUUGGGGGGCACAGUCUUCAGAGAAGCCAUAAUUUGCAAAAACAUUCCCCGCUUAGUAUCUGGGUGGACAAAACCCAUCAUCAUUGGCCGUCAUGCUUAUGGAGAUCAAUACAGAGCUACAGACUUUGUUGUUCCUGGCCCUGGAAAGGUAGAGAUGAUCUAUACGCCAAAGGAUGGCAGCAAACCUGUAACCUAUUUGGUCCAUAACUUUGAAAGCUGUGGAGGAGUGGCUUUAGGGAUGUACAACCUUGACCAAUCCAUCAAGGACUUUGCCCAUAGUUCUUUCCAGAUGGCAUUGUCUAAAGCCUGGCCUCUUUACAUGAGCACCAAAAAUACCAUUUUGAAGAAAUACGAUGGUCGUUUUAAGGACAUCUUUCAGGAGAUCUAUGAGAAGCAAUACAAGUCACAGUUUGAAGCCAAAAACAUUUGGUACGAGCAUCGGCUGAUUGAUGACAUGGUGGCUCAAGCCCUAAAAUCUGAGGGAGGUUUUAUCUGGGCCUGCAAAAACUAUGAUGGUGAUGUACAGUCUGAUUCAGUCGCACAAGGUUAUGGCUCCUUGGGAAUGAUGACCAGCGUCCUGAUCUGCCCAGAUGGCAAAACAGUUGAAGCUGAAGCUGCUCAUGGCACAGUGACCCGCCAUUAUCGCAUGCACCAGAAAGGACAAGAAACCUCUACUAACCCCAUUGCGUCCAUUUUUGCCUGGACUAGAGGUCUGGCUCACAGAGCAAAGUUGGAUAACAAUAAGGAGCUCAAGAAUUUUGCCACUACCUUGGAAGAAGUCUGUGUAGAGACCAUUGAAGCUGGCUUUAUGACUAAGGAUCUGUCUGCCUGCAUCAAAGGGCUACCAAAUGUGAAGCGCUCAGACUUCCUGAACACAUUUGAGUUCUUGGAUAAACUUGCAGAGAACCUGAAGGCAAAGCUUUCUUCUCAGCCAAAACUUUAAGAACAAGCCUUGGGAAUUGCCCUGGACAGAAGAUUUGUCUGCCCUGCACUUCACAAUAUCUGAAGAAACCAAUCUAAAUUAGAAAUCAUCCUCUAGGGUUGUUUUUUUUAGUGAUGACGCACCCAGGCAAGCUCAAUGGCUGCCUUUAUGAAUUAUGCCCUCAUCAAGAUCCGUCCUCCCCUCAAGUGAUAAGCACUGGCAGAGUGCUGGAGAGCAAACCUGUUUUAAGUAACAGAGCAGGUUUUGCUCUCUAGCUGGUCAUAUUCCCCCCACUGGAGUGUGCAAGCAAUGCAGAAGUCUGACAAAUCACUUCAUGAGUUAAGUGCAAAACUACAACAUGCAUGGCAAGUUUUAAGAGGAUUUUACUUAGCAGUGGGGGGAAAUAAAUUUUUAAGUUUUUCACCAGAAGCACUACACUGCUCCAGUGGCAGAGGCAGUCUCUCCUUCCUUGUGUCCAAUUCCUGGUCUGAAGUAGAGGAAUGGUUGUCACGCCUUAACUACAGAUACCUGAAGAGUAGGGAUGGUGGCCAGGCACAUUUUGUAAAGGUGAAAUUCCAUAUAAUGUCUUUUGUCAACUGUUUUUAAUAUUCUUUUAUUCUGUUUCUCAGAUAUUAAGUACCGUUCCAUCCAUGACUCCGGGCUUUUUGCUUUUAAGGAGUAUUUUUUAAGAAGUGUGUCUCGUUUAAAUAAACCAGUAACAUCCA